AUGUACAGAACUGAAAUUCGAAUGGCGAGGAUGGCAAGAAAAGCUGGCAACUUCUAUGUACCUGCAGAACCCAAAUUGGCGUUUGUCUUCAGAAUCAGAAGUAUCAAUGGCGUGAGCCCAAAGGUUCGAAAGAUGUUGCAGCUUCUUUGCCUUCGUCAAGUCUUCAAUGGAACCUUCGUGAAGCUCAACAAGGCUUCGAUUAACAUGCUGAGGAUUGUAGAGCCAUAUACUGCAUGGGGGUGCCCCAAUCUGAAGUCAGUAAAUGAACUAAUCUACAAGCGUGGUUAUGGCAAAAUCAAUAAGAAGCAAAUGGCUUUGACAGAUAACGCUUUGAUUGCUCGAUCUCUUGGUAAAUACGGCAUCAUCUGCAUGGAGGAUCUGAUUCAUGAGAUCUAUACUGUUGGAAAACACUUCAAAGAGGCAAAUAACUUCCUGUGGCCCUUCAAAUUGUCUUCUCCAUGAGGUGGAAUGAAGAAAAA